AUGGGAUCAAUUUGUUAAUCACAUUCUUGUACAUAUGAAUAUACAACUCAAUUAAGUACAAGUGUAAACUUUCUAAAACCAAUAAUUGAUUAACAAAUGGAAGAUGAAAUACUCGAAGAAUCCUUGUCUCCUAUCGAUUUUGACAAGGAGUUUACUACAACUAAAUCUAUAAUACCCAAAUCUCCAGAUAUAAUGUAAAAGUCACCUUUAAAUUCACCUACUCCUAAUGAUUCAGUUGUGAUAUCAAAAUUUCAUAUAACAUCUGAUGAUUUUGUGAAGUUUCGAUAUCAGAACUAUGCUGAUUCUUAUUAGAUAGAAAGAUCUUUGGGUUCUGGUAGUUAUGGAGAAGUAUUUAUAGUAAGAAAUAAAUAAACAAGUAUAUUUAUGAUAUUUAAUUUAUAGAUUAAUUAAGAGCUAUGAAAUAGAUAAAAAAACAAUAAAGUUCAUUAAGUAAGAAAUGUUUAAAAGAAAUGGAAAUCUUAUCAAAAUUAGAUCAUCCAUUUAUUGUUAAGGCAAUUGAAGUAUUCUAAGAUGAACAUAGUUAUAAUAUGAUUAUUGAGUAAAUAUAUUUUAAAUAAAUAUAGAUUACUUUAAGGAACUGAUCUAUAGGAAGAUAUUUAGAAUAAUAAUAAAUUUACAGAAGAGAAGGCAGCUAAUAUUAGUUAUUAAUUGUUGUUGGCAAUAAGUUACAUACAUAAUUAGGAUGUAGUACAUAGAGAUAUUAAACCAGAGAAUAUUUUAUAUCAAUACAACAAUGGUAAUACAUUAAUCAAACUUAUUGAUUUUGGUAUAUCCACUGAAAUAAAGAGGAAUAGAAAAUUAAGUUCUUAAUUAGGAUCAGUAAGAUUAUUAAAAACUAAUUUAAGAUGUAUUUUAUGGCUCCUGAAAUUUUUAGUAAAGACUAUGGCAAAUAAAUUGAUAUUUGGGCUUGUGGAGUUACUUUAUUUUAUUUAGUUCAUAAAAGAUAUCCAUUUAUGGGUAAGACUAAUUAAGAGAUGAAAAAUGCAAUUAAAAGUGGAAAAGUCUAAUUUGAUAAAUCAAUUACACCAGAAUUAUAGUGUUUAUUGAUUAAGAUGUUAUAAGUUAAUCCAAAUAAAAGAAUUACUGCUUAAUAAGCAUUAUAAGAGGAUUGGUUUAUUAAACAUAAAUUUGUAAAUUAAAUUAAUCAAUAACUUAUAUCUAAAUUAUUAAAUUAUCAUUCGACUACUCUAUUCGAAGAACUAAUAUUCUCACUUAUAACAUAUUAUUGUUAAAAUUGUGAUGAUCAUGGUUAAGCCAUUUAAACAUUUUUAUAUUUAGAUACAGAUCAAGAUGGUUAAAUUUCGAAAUAAGAAUUUAAAAAAUCAUUAUAUUAAUUCAAUAUCAAUAAUUUAUCUUAAUAAAUUGAUGAUCUUUACACAACACUUAAUAAAUAGUCAGAUGAUACACUCACUUAUAAAGGUAUAUAUUAUUAAAAUUGUAGAAUUUCUAGCAGCAUCAGUAACUAGAGAUAAAUUAUAAACAAAAAAAUGUUAGAAAUUUUGUUUUUAAUUAAUAGAUUAUGAUCAAGAUGGCAAAAUAUCUGAAUCAGAUUUCUGUCAUUUGAUGGGUAAGAACCAAUCUAAUAUUUGGCAUCUUAUAAACAUUUCAGAUAGUUUAUAUAUAACAGAAGAAGAAUUUUAUAGUAUGUUUAAAUCUUGUUGA